AUGGCAGCAAACUUCACGCACUCUAAGUUAGCACUAUGGACGACAGCGUUCGCGGCAGAAAGUGUAGCAAUCAUUGUGGGAAAUGCUGUCACUAUCGCCAUAUUUUGGGAGAAAAGAUCCACUUUGAAUAGGACCCGGUUCUUUUUGAUAAACCUUUCCGUUGCUGAUUUGUUCAUUGGUGUCGGAGUAAUGGAGGAUAUUGUAUGUUUCGCUCUUCGCUACAAAAACGACGCCUGCAAGGUGACUCAAAAAACAAAUGUAGCUGACGCCAUUUUUGGAAUGGCUUCGUUGUCAUUCUUAGUCGUAAUCGCUUUAGAAAGGCUUUACGCCGUUACCUUUCCUUUACGACACCGCACGACAGCUACGAAAACGUACUUAUUCGUUAUUGGAACAACCUGGACCGUCUCAGCCAUGCUGAUUAUAAUAACGUAUCCCAUUUUUUCGUACUUUGCAGUUUAUAUCUUACUUCAACCUAUCGUAAUAUCAACGUACACGGCAACAUGCUUGAUAAUCAUUACAGCGGCAUAUCUUACAAUAUUCAUUUAUUCUAAAAAGAGAGUUCCAAGGGUCGAAUUAAAUCGGGAACAGAACCAUAAUAAACUGACCAAAACUCUUUUCAUAGUUACAUUAUUGUCGCUGAUCACGUGGACUCCGCAUGGAAUUGCAAAUGUGAUGCGCUUCACAACACAUGAUGUAGAAGGAGAAGUCUACCUUGCAGGUCAAUUUUGUCGAUUGGCAAAUUCUUAUGUAAACCCGAUCGUAUACUGUCUCCGAAUGCCGGAAUUUCGAGAGAGACUUAUCAAUCUUUUUGCGUUCAAACGACGCAAUAAAGAUGCGUCGGGUCUACAGAAUCAAUUAGCAAUUGCGGAGUCGAUGGAUCCGGAUUGUCCAGUCUUGCUCUCGUUUACCUGGUUGGAUGCAACC